UGGAUGCACCGGUCGGUUAUCGGAAGCCAUGCCUAUCUCUGUCGUCGCCUUCCCCAUCGCCACCUGCCCCCGCCGGAAAAAAGAAUUUUCUCAUGACUGUCGUCACUCCCCAGUAGUUGACAGUGAGAACCGCAAUAUAGUGACUUCUUACGUGAUAACUCUUUGUUUGGUUUAUUAUUUAGUCUUGGCUCUCGGGCGGCCGCCCAGGUUCCAUAUUCCGGAUUGGGCGGCGAUCGACCUCGUCUUAGUCGUCAGUAAAAAUUGGAGGUCAGAAUGUCUCCAGAGCAGGAGGAGGAGGAAGUCACGGUCAUGGCGGCGGAGAAGGGGGAGGUGGUGGAGCGUAGCCUAGUGUUCGCUGUGAACGGGGAGCGGUUCGAGCUUUCGAGGGUCGACCCUAACACCACGCUGCUCGAGUUCCUGCGGACCCAGACCCGUUUCAAAGGAGCGAAGCUCGCCUGUGGAGAAGGUGGCUGUGGAGCUUGUGUCGUUCUUCUGUCAACCUAUGACCCAGUACAUAAUCGAGUGGAAGAAUUUGCUGUAAGCUCUUGCCUCACACUUCUUUGCAGCAUAAAUUUCUGUUCAGUCAUAACGACAGAGGGGCUUGGCAACAGCAAUGAUGGCUUUCAUCCAAUCCACCAGAGGUUCUCUGGGUUUCAUGCCUCUCAAUGUGGCUUUUGCACACCUGGCAUGUGCAUGUCUCUCUUCUCUGCCCUUGUCAAGGCAGAUAAAUCCAAUAGGCCUGAGCCUCCAGAUGGGUUCUCAAAGCUCACAGCAUCUGAAGCAGAGAAGGCUAUUGCAGGCAAUCUGUGCCGAUGUACUGGUUAUCGACCCAUCUUAGAUGCUUGCAAGAGCUUUGCAGCUGAUGUUGAUUUGGAAGAUUUGGGCCUCAAUUCUUUUUGGAAGAAAGGGGACAAAGAUGCACUUGUUGGCCGAUUGCCAUAUCACAGCCGCAAUGGGGUCUGCACUUUUCCAGAAUACUUAAAAUCUGAAGUUAAAUCCUUGCUGGAUGCCUUGAAAAAUUCUGAUUAUACAAGCUUGGCAGAGGGUUGUUGGUAUUGCCCUUAUAGUGUUGAUGGGCUUUAUAAACUACUGAAUUCUGAGACAUUCAGUGGAUGCCGUGUUAAGAUGGUUGUUGGCAAUACUGGUUCUGGUGUUUACAAGGAACUAGAAUUGUAUGACAAAUAUAUUGAUCUGAGAGGGAUCCCAGAGCUCUCGGUCAUCAGAAGGAACAACAAAGGCAUCGAAAUUGGAGCAGCCAUAACAAUUUCUAGGGCUAUUGAAGUGUUGAAAGAAGACUGUGAACGUAUGUUAUUUUCAUCCCAAAGGUUGGUUUUUGCUAAAAUUGCUGAUCAUAUGAAUAAGGUGGCUUCACAAUUUGUUCGAAAUACAGCAAGCUUGGGUGGAAAUCUGAUCAUGACACAGAGGAGUCAAUUGCCCUCGGACAUUGCCACAAUACUUCUUGCUGCUGGUUCAACUGUUUGUAUACAGGUGGCUUCAGAAAGACUGGUUCUUACACUGGAGGAGUUCUUUGAGAAGCCUCCGUGUGACUACAGAACUCUACUGUUGAGCAUAUAUAUUCCUUGUUGGAAUUAUACUAGCAAUGCAUCUUCUGAGAUUAAGGAAUCUGUUGAUUCUAAAGCUACCAAAGAAUCCUAUUUGCUAUUUGAAACAUUUAGAGCAGCUCCUCGCCCUCUUGGAAAUGCUGUUGCUUAUCUCAAUUCUGCUUUUUUAGCUCAGAUUUCCUCAGAUAAAAUAUCAGGCAAUCUUGUUAUAGAUAACCUUCGGUUGGCUUUUGGUGCUUAUGGGAGUGAAUAUGCUAUCAGAGCAAGGAAAGUUGAGAAUUUUUUAGUGGGUAAACCUGUUACCGCAUCUAUUCUACUUGAAGCAAUUAGAUUGCUUAGAGAAGCUAUUAUACCAAAAGAAGGCACUCCACAUCCCUCCUACAGAUCAAGUCUGGCUGUUUCUUUUCUAUUUGAUUUUCUUCAUCCACUAUCCAAGGACUUGGCACAACCUAAAAAGAAUAUACAUGUAGAUGUAUUUAAUGCUACUGCUAGUGCUGAAUAUUCAAUAGAGAGUCUUAAUGGAGCUGUUUAUGUUUCACCUGAUAAGGCACCAACUUAUGCAAAUAAUGGUCGAUUUGACAAUUGUGAUACACUUUUAUUGUCCAAGCAGGUGAUGCAAUUUAGCAAGGAAAAUAAUCCAUUGGGUGAACCAACUAAGAAAGUUGGAGCUGAAAUUCAAGCAUCUGGUGAAGCAGUGUAUGUGGAUGAUAUUCCUUCUCCAAAAGAUUGUCUUUAUGGUGCAUUCAUCUAUAGCACAAAACCUUUGGCUCAUAUAAAGGGCAUCAGCUUCAGGUCUUCUUUGGCAUCAAAUAAACUCAUUACAGUUAUUUCUUUCAAAGACAUUCCAAAACGAGGACUGAACAUUGGGUCUAUGUCACCAUUAUUUGCUAGUUCUCUUAGUGAAUAUUCUGGUCAGCCACUUGGUCUUGUGAUUGCAGAGACACAGGGACUCGCCAACAUGUGUGCCAAGCAAGCAGAUGUUAGUUACAGCACAGAAAAUUUAGAAGCACCCAUUCUAUCAAUUGAAGAGGCUGUCAGAAAAUCCAGUUUUUUUGAGGUCCCUCCUUUUAUUUAUCCUAAACAAGUUGGUGAUUUCUCCCAGGGAAUGGCUGAAGCUGAUCACAAGAUUCUCUCAGCUGAGAUUAAAUUUGGUUCUCAGUAUUACUUUUACAUGGAGACUCAAACAGCUCUAGCUGUACCAGAUGAAGAUAAUUGCAUAAUGGUCUACAGUUCAACUCAGUGCCCUGAGACUGCACAGGAAGUAAUUGGAAAGUGCCUAGGAAUUCCCUUUCACAAUGUCCGUGUUAUUACAAGAAGAGUCGGAGGAGGUUUUGGUGGGAAGGCUACAAGAGCAUUAUCUGUGGCAACUGCAUGUGCACUUGCGGCGUAUAAGUUGCAACGUCCUGUUCGAAUGUACCUUGAUCGCAAAACUGAUAUGAUAAUGGCAGGAGGGAGACAUCCAAUGAAAAUAAAUUACUCUGUUGGUUUCAAAUGUGAUGGAAAGGUUACAGCUUUGCAUAUAGAUCUCUUAAUUAAUGCAGGCAUAUCUGAAGAUUGGAGCCCAAUAAUGCCGCAAAACAUAAUAGAAGCAUUGAAGAAAUACAAUUGGGGUGCUCUUUCAUUUGACGUGAAGGUCUGCAGGACAAAUGUUUCAACAAAAUCAACCAUGCGGGGCCCUGGAGAUGUACAAGGAUCUUUUAUUGCUGAAGCUGUUAUUGAACAUGUUGCAUCAGCCCUUUCUGUUGAUGCCAAUUCUAUUAGACGAAAGAAUCUUCACACCUUCGAGAGCCUCAAGUUGUUCUAUGGAGGUUGCGAGGGAGAAGCUUCCGAACAUACUUUACCAUAUUUUGAUAAAUUGGCUUUAUCUGCGAGCUAUCACCACCAUGUUGAAAUGAUUCAAGAGUUUAAUAGUCGCAACAAAUGGAGAAAACGGGGAAUUUCCUGUGUACCUAUCAUAUAUAAAGUGAUGCUAAGGCCAACUCCAGGGAAAGUAUCUGUUCUCAAUGAUGGUUCAAUCAUUGUUGAAGUUGGAGGGAUUGAGUUAGGCCAAGGGCUCUGGACAAAGGUGAAGCAGAUGGCAGCAUUUGCUCUUGGACAACUAUGUGCUGAUGGAGGUCAGUACCUUCUGGAGAGGGUGCGUGUUAUUCAGGCAGAUACUUUGAGUUUGAUACAAGGUGGAUGGACUGGCGGGAGCACCACAUCUGAGUCAAGCUGUGAAGCUGUUCGUCAUUCCUGCAAUGUCCUGGUUGAAAGACUAAAACCUCUAAAGAAGAGAUUGGAAGAACAAAUGGGUUUUGUUUCAUGGGAACCUUUAAUUUUUCAGGCAAAUCUGGAAGCUGUCAAUUUGUCAGCAAGUACGUAUUUCGCCCCAGACUAUACUUCUAGAAGCUACCUAAAUUUUGGAGCUGCUGUAAGCGAGGUGGAGAUAGAUCUCCUUACGGGCGCUACAACAAUCUUGCAGAGUGAUCUUACCUAUGAUUGUGGCCGGAGCUUAAAUCCUGCGGUUGAUUUGGGACAGAUUGAAGGUGCCUUUGUUCAAGGAGUUGGUUUCUAUAUGUACGAAGAAUACUUGACAAAUGCAGAUGGAUUGGUGGUUUCAGAUGGUACAUGGACAUACAAGGUCCCAACUGUUGACACCAUCCCAAAACAGUUUAAUGUGGAGAUACUAAACAGUGGACAUCAUCAAAAGCAUGUUCUCUCCUCGAAAGCUUCUGGGGAGCCACCUCUACUUCUAGCAGCCUCAGUUCAUUGUGCAACAAGAGAAGCCAUCAGAGCAGCAAGAUUGGAGUUAUUUUCUUGCACUGAAUCUGAAGGUUCCCCAUCAAUAUUCCAAUUGGAGGUUCCUGCAACCAUGCCGGUUGUUAAGGAGCUAUGCGGGCUGGACAAUGUAGAUAGAUACUUGGAAACUUUUUUGUCUGAUUCAUGAAUUAGUGGGAUCCUUGAUGCCUGCUUGUCGGGGGCUCAGGGCACUCAAUUUUAUCAUCGUCUAGCGAAUGCUUUCAUCCUCAUGUGUUGUACUAUGACCAACACACACCCUACUUCUGUAUCGCUAUGUAUAGUUCAAUUAUCAAUAUGUAGAAAUUAGAAAUA